CCAAAACAUUAAACACUGCAUUUCAAAGAGCCAAAGCCCGUCGCAAACCCACCCGCAAAACUACGAGCAGAACGAUUUGGGAAUAAAGGAACAAAAUGGCGGACAGAUACUCCUUCUCGCUCACUACGUUCUCGCCCAGCGGCAAGCUGGUCCAGAUCGAAUAUGCCCUUAAUGCUGUCAACCAGGGUGUAACAGCUCUCGGCAUCAAGGCCACCAACGGUAUCGUCCUCGCCACCGAAAAGAAGUCCUCCUCACCCCUCGCCGACCCCUCCUCCCUCUCCAAGAUCAGCCUCAUCACGCCCAACAUCGGCAUGGUCUACAGCGGCAUGGGCCCCGACUACCGCGUGCUUGUCGACCGCGCGCGCAAGGUUUCGCACACGGGCUACAAGCGCAUCUACAACGAGUACCCGCCGACGCGGAUAUUGGUGCAAGACGUUGCGCGCGUCAUGCAAGAGGCCACGCAGUCCGGAGGUGUCCGCCCUUAUGGUGUCUCGCUACUGAUCGCCGGCUGGGACGAGGGUAUUUUGCCCGAGGACGAGCUGGAGGAGCAAAAGAGCAAGGACGAAAUGGUGGCCGACGAUGGCGAGACCAAGAAGAAGGCGACGGGCAAGACGGGCGGCAUCCUGAAGGGCGGCCCCAUGCUGUACCAGGUCGACCCCUCGGGCAGUUAUUUCCCUUGGAAGGCAACGGCCAUUGGCAAGAACGCCACGACGGCCAAGACCUUUUUGGAGAAGAGGUAUACCGAGGGCUUGGAGCUCGAGGAUGCGGUGCACAUUGCGCUGUUGACGCUGAAGGAGACGAUUGAGGGAGAGAUGAACGGUGAUACCAUUGAGAUUGGCAUCGUCGGACCACCGGCGGACCACCUCCUUGGCGUCGAGGGUGUUGAGGGAGCAAAGGGCCCCCGCUUCAGAAAACUCUCCCCCCAGGAGAUUGAGGAUUACCUGACGAACCUAUGAUGUUGCAAAGCAGGAAGUAGAAGCAGGCAGGUAAAUAGGCACAUGAGUGUAUCUUAAUGAAUGACCAUUACAGCAAGUUCCUUGUACAAUAGAAAGGAGACCCGGGAAUAGAGAGCCCUUUCAUGACUACCU